AUGAUCAACUUUUAUAGUCUGAGGAGUCGUAUUUUGAAAAAUGGCGGGACGUAUUCCAUGGCGCGCGGAUUCAAAAGUUCGCCCGCCGGCCGGCCUGUCAUCGCCAGCUUUGGUAACCACUGUACUCAGCUGUUCGAUCGGCCGUCGGGGCUUCGUACGUCGCAUCUCCGACGUUGCCGUACUCACCGGCGCCCUCGAUUCCCAUUGGUCGACCACGGAGCUGUACUCCGAGCCGCCGCAAUGCCGCACGACCCGGUCGCAUACUCGCAUAGUAUCCGUGACGUCGUGUCUAUCCGUCCCGUUUGUCUGUCAUUCUUUCUCACCGCCGCUUGUCUCGCAUCAUCCAUCCCGGUCUGUACGGCUCCGCGAUCGUUAUAA